GUCCCUAUCAAUCAAUGAUAAUAAGAUAAGGAAAUCUUUCUUUCAAAGCAUGGAAAAUGCAAAAAAAGGACCUUAAGAAAUAGCACAUUGAUGGAGCCUUUGCAAUGCUAAAUUGCAGAAGAAAUGAGAAUGCUGCUUGGUUCCACAACUACAAGAUUUCAAAGGCGUGCUUCCUACCUAUGGAGUUCUUGUAUUUCUUGCUCUCUCAUGAUUUGGCUUACAAGAAAGAAAAGGUCAAAGGUAAAAAGAUUUUCAACGAUUUAUUUAAAGAUAUUGUGAGAGGGAAGGUAUAUCCAGAGAAGACAUGGGGAGAAGAUGUUGAUGUUGUGUAUGGGAUUACUCUUGGAAACAAAAGCAAUGUCUGAAUUGGGAUGGAAAUUCAUUUGAAGAAGAAAAGAAUCACAGUAUAUGAUUAUUUUCAAAAGGAAAGCAACAACAUUGAUAUUCCUCAAGUGAAAAAGUUGGCAGGUAUGUAUAAACAAUUUGUAUUUGAUGUAUUCAACUGUUUCUUGGUUUGAAAUAUUCAACUGAUUCUAUUUUGAUAUUGAUUUUUAAAUAUGACACUGUUGAUUUCUGAUCUGCUGGUGGAAUCUUCUGGUGAUGAGGUAGAUAAAGUGAAGAUGAUUCCAUUUGAGGUUGAGCAGGCACAAGGUUUACCCAAGACAAAACAUCCUUUCAACUGUGGGGAUAUUUCUUGUCAAGAUUCUGGAGUGCCAGUCAUUGAAGAUAGGAGACAUGACAAAGAUUAAUGAUGACAAUGCAUUGGAGCUAAGGAGAACCUUGUCUUGUGAGAUCUUCAACCAAUUUGUGGAUGAGAGCUUUGUGAAAUGAGAAUGAUGCAUGAAAACAUUUUUUGUUUUAGUUAAGACUCGGUUUUAGUUAUGACUGUUUAUUUUGUUAUGUUGUUGGCGUCUGGUUACAUAAGAAAGAUUGGAAGGAUAUCAAGUAUUUUUUUGGGUAUCAUAUAUCUUGGAAGGUUAAAUAAUGUUUCUGGAUGGGUUUCCAGAAAAAAUUGUUAGAGUGUUUCAAAUGUAAAAAAGAAUGAAAUGAGAUUAUAUACUAAGGAUUGGACAUGUAUAUGGUAAGCUUAAAAUUGUGAUGUUUACAGACAAAAAAAAAAGGUUUAGAUCCACAAAGGAUCGAACCCAGAGGGAGAGAGUUUGCGUAUUUGGAUAGUGUGGGAGUUUAGCCACUAGGCCAAGAAGAAUCAUUUGUUAAUGGAUUACAUUUAAUUGUAUUUAACUCCAAACUGUAACACAAAAAAAAAUUAAAAUUGAUUUUGAAUUCACCACUUAUCGAACCCGGGGAUAGAGAGACUUUUGUGUUAUGAAAUGCCUCGGUUUAACCGCUGGUCUGAGGAGAAUCAUCUGUUAAAGAAUAUUACAUAAGCAUACUUAAACCAAUUAAUAUAGGAUAGGUUUCCAAAACAAUACAUUUCGAUUGAAAAAAGACAAAACUCUUGCCGUCUCAACACUCUCGCCGUUUCAAACUUCUCGAAUCUCACUCGUCUCUGCCUCUCGAAUCUCUCUCUCAUCUCCAUAUCUCUCGAUCUCCGACGAAAACCCAUCUCCAGAACUCUCUCUCUCUCUCGAUCUUUUACGUGAGCUCUCUCUAUUCUCCGAGAAAAACCAUUUCUAGAGCUCUAUCUCUUUAAGGUAUGUUGCAGAUUCAACCUUAUGUGUGUUUUCUUUCUGAGAGAUUGGUCUCCUGGUUUUUGCGUGUGUAUAGACUUGCUCGUUUUAACCUAAUAUGAUUGGUAGAAUUCUAGUUCAUGUGAAAGCAUGUGUAUAGACUUCAGGAAGGAUUUGUAUUGUUUCAGGAAACCCUUCCUGAAAAUUGGAUAUUAAUUAAUUUAGACAAUAAAAUUUUUCUUGUUUACGCAGGAUAGAAACAAGAUGGGAGAUCCAUUACCAUUAAGACUAGCACUGCCUGAGCUGAGGUAUCCGAUUGGCUCAGAGCCAGAGAAGACGAUAUCGAUAAACCAACACUCGAUAAUUGCUUAUAUCAAAACUGUUAAGGAAAUUCUAGGAAAUGAUGAGUUCAACAGAAUAAGAGGGACGUUUUUGGGACCGGUGAUCAAGCUUGGAGAGAGGUCUUUGAAAUUAUCAGCUAAGAUAGUGCACGCAGUUCUCACCAAAAGCAUCAAGACAGUGAAGAGACACGAAGCCUGGUUCCAUUUUGGUGCUCAGCCAAUGAGGUUCUCUAUAAGAGAAUUCCACAUGGUGACUGGUUUGAAAUGUAGUGGUGAAGCAAGAGAACCACGAGAGGAAACCGAGAGAUUUAAGUGGGACUUCCUAAAAGGGCGUACUCAUACAGUAAAGGACGUGGAGAAGCAGCUCAGAAACACAAGAGAAGAUGCUUCUGAUGAGAGAUUCUGCCUUGCAAUGCUCCUCCUGAUUGAGAGCAUACUACUACAGAAGAGCCUUCUCGACGGUGGCACAACUUUUACUUUGGAUUAUGUGAAAAUAGCGCAGGAUAUGGAUGUCUUGAUGACAUACCCAUGGGGGAGAACAGCUUAUAAUUUGCUGUUAAAAUCACUUCAGAGAGCUGUCGACAAAAGCCUCGACAAAAACAAUUAUGAUUUGCAAGGAUUCCCUAUGGCAUUUCUUAUAUGGAUACUUGAGUCAGUACCUUUGCUACAGUAUGCAUUCAGUCAAGUGGUUCCUAUUCUGAGCGUUCAACCGUCUACCCCAAUAUUUUUGUGUGAGAAGUACCUUCAAAUAGCUUCUCCACAGCUGAUAGAUGUUCUCCUAAUUGAAAUCAAAGAUCAUGUAAGUUUUUAUAUUAUUUUUUUCUUGUUUCUGUUUUGCCUUAUGAUUCUCCAUUUAAAAGCUAAUUAUUUUUAUGGUUUCAGCUUAAGGUCACAUGCAUCCUACCUCCUAUUCCUAAUGAUCCAGAAGCUGAUGUUUGCAUGGAAGACGAAGCUAAUAAAGAUCUGGAUGACAUGGCCGAUUUAUCCAAGAGAGGUUAUAAGUUUAAAAUUAGAGACUGGGGAAACAUGUCAGUAGACCUAUACGGUGCUAAUGAACAAAGAAGAAGAGCAUCUUUACUGUUUGGGAAUGGAGGGAUGAGUCAAGCUUCUUCUUCGUAUCAGGAGGAGUCUUUGGAAUCAAAGAUCAACAGAAUCAGCGAGAUGGUGGGAGAUAAUUUAAGGAUCAUGAACGAUCGUUUGUGUUUGAUUGAAAAAGACAGGAAACAGAUUAAAGAACGUGUGACAAAACUAGAGAAACUACAAAGAGUUACUUCAUAUGAAACUCUAAACAAUGAGGUAACUUUUUUUUCGGAAAUUAAAAUUAAUGUUUAUUUAGUUCUUGAUUCAGUUUUUUUUUGAGUUGUCAAGUAAUUUUGGAAGAUGUUAUACAUAUUUAGGAUUGCCUUCCUAAUUUUUGUUGUACUUGCACAGACUGACACAGCUCCAUUUCAUGAGACGGCUUCCAGACAAGGUGAACCCAAUACAGAUCAAGCAGAUGAACAACUUAACAAUGAAGCAAGUAUAAUUUUGAAAACUGUUGGUAUUUAUAAAAUUAUGAAUUUGGUUGUACUUCAAUUAAUUUUUGGAAGUUCUUGUACGUGUUCAUAAUCCCAUUCCUGACUUCAGGAUACACGAGAGCCUAUGAAUGAGAUCACGAAAGAGACACCUGGUUCUCCAAUAGCUCAACAGAAUAUUGAGACUCCAGUCCUUACUCCAAUUCAGACGCAGCAGGUACAUUCUUUAAAAAAUUGGAUUUUUCAAGUAAUUUUGGAAGCCCUUGUACGUGUUCAUGAAACCAUUCCUGAAUUCAGGAGACUCACGAGCUUAUGAAUGAGAACAUUUCACCAAACAUUUCCGACACACAGCCAAAUACCCGAGCUCGCAGAAAUCUUUUAACAGAGCAAAAUAAGGUAUUACUUUUAUUUUAAAACCUUUAAUAAAUAUACAGCAACUAUCAAAAUGACUAGAUAUCCUUGAAUCUAAACCAUCACAGGAUGUAGAAAGCAGAGUUCAAAAUCCCUUUGAGAUCGGAGCAAAUGUGGAGAUUUCAUCACAAGAUGACAAUACUUGUCAUAAAUGGUAUCCAGGAAAUGUGUUGGCAACAUAUUUGGUUUGUGGGGUUGAGAUGGUGAAAGUUGAGUACUCCGCCCCAUCUCUGGACGAAAAGAAGAGGAAAAGGAGUGUUCAGACACGUGUAUCAAUUGACAGAAUACGUCCUCAACCACCACCUGAGAGACCUGGAGCGAAGAAAAGUUAUGAGCUAAUGGAUGACGUGGAGGCGUUCGACAAUGGUGCCUGGUGCGCUGGAAAAGUUAAAGUCAUUUUGUUUGAUGGCACGUGUUUUGUCUCUUUGAACAAUUCUACUGAACAAAUUUACUUCAACCAUUCUGAGAUGCGAAAACCAAGAAAAUGGAUAGUUGGUGUUUGGAAGAUGACAGAAAAGGUAAAACAAAUGCCUUGGAUCACUUGAAUUGAAAAAAAAUGUCAUUUGUUUAAUAUCUCGGUAUUGUUUUUCAGAUGGAAGAAGAGCAAACGCAGAGUGUGAAUCCAAGUGAAGGAGAUGGUGAUAAAAAGGUAUGAAAUAUUUAUACAUCAUACUAGGAAUUAAGACAUAAAUGUAUCUGAAUUUUUUUCAUUCAAAAAGGGGAAGGCGAAGGCUGUCGCUUGUAAGAAAAAAGAAGCAGCUGGUCCAUCAGAAGAUGGUGUUGGGAAAAUGGCAAAAGAGGUAAUACAAAUGAAUAAGAUCCACUUGAAUUGAAGUUCAGGUCAAUAGUUUGAUAUAUCGGUUUUGUUUCACAGAUGGAAGUAAAGCAGGGUAAGAGUGUGAAACCAAGUCAAGACGAUCAUGCAAAAAAGGUAUAAAAAUAUUUUUACUUUAUAUUAGGAAGGCAUUCAAGUAUAAAGAUAAAAAUGAUCCUGAAUUUUUGUUUUUAUUUUUAAUUAAAGGGGAAGCCUGAUAUUGGUAAGAAGAAGAAAGCAAAUGCUCAGCCAGUAGAUUUGCUUCCUUUUCUACAGCGAGAAGAGAAUAGGCCAAUAAGACCUAGAAACCCUCCUAUGCAUGUAACACCUGAGGUAAUCCUUCCAAUUGAUCCAUUUGUGACACCUGAAUUUCCUCGGUUUUCAAGGCUUGCACACUGCAUGGAUCUACGGGGCAUAUAUCGUGUGUAAGCAACUUUUUGUCCUUGCAUAAAUAUUCCUAGUUUAUUUUGUAAAAGUUUCUAUUGAUACUAGUUAAUUUUAUCAACUACAGACCGUUUUAUAUCAACGGAAGAGAAAUUGAAAAAGAGUUCUUUCAAAAAAUGGACGAUGCAGAAAACAAUCUCAACAAAGAGGUAAUCAACACUCUGUUCUGUCUUCUAUUUAUUUAAUGUUAAUAAUUAAUGUGGUUCUGGAUGAUGCAAUGUGAUUAGGAAGAGGAUAUGAUUGAGUUUUGUAUUUACAAACUCUGUUUCGAUUCUUAUUGAGUGGUAAUAAUGCUUUGUGGAUAUUUGAUUGUGUCAUACGUUUAGGAAGAGGUUGAGUUGAGCUAUGUUAGAUGUCCAUGUUAUAGCAGUUCUAUAUGAAGUUUCUAACUAUAUUGUUACAUUGGCAGCACAUAAAUGUUGCAUUUGAAAUGCUAAAUUGUAAGAGGGUUGAGCAAGGUGCUUGGUUCCGCAACAACAAUCUUCCAGCAGCAUGCUUUGUACCAGUCAGAUUCUUAGAAGUGGUUGGGUACGCUUAUGAAUCUGUCAGGAAGCCACAUAAGAAAAAACAAACAUUAUUGGAGGGCUGUGUAGGCGAACUUGUGAAAGGUUUAAUACAUCCAAAGAAGGUAUGGCUGGAAGAUGUUGAUGUUAUAUAUGGUGUCAUUGAAGAUAUGUUGAGCUAUCACUAUAUUGGGGUGGAGAUACAAUUGAUGGACAACACAAUCACACUCUUCCAUUGUGGUCUUCCAAAAGCAAAUAUCAAACGUGCUCUUAAUCAAAUCCAAGAACUGGCAGGUAAAAUCUCUUUGUGAUUUAUUAAUUUUAUCAUUCAGUGUAGAAAAAUCAGUUUUAUUUAUAUUGUUACAUUGAUAAUGGAUAGGAUUGUAAAAGUAUGCGUAUCCUGAAAAAAGAAUUUUAGCUAAUUUAGAAAAUAAAAGUUUGUCUCUUGUUGCUUGUGCUUGUGAUGCAUUUUUACAUAUUCAUUUUGUUGUCUGUUGGUGAUUGAUUUAUUGUAUAAUUUUGGGUAUUUAUGACAGUGUUGAUUAGUGCCAUAAAGAUGGAACUUCUUGGUGAAGAGGUUAAUUUCGAAGAUAUCAGUCCAUUUCAAGUUAAGUUUGCAGAAGGGCUUCCAAAGACAAAAUUUCCAUACAACUGUGGUAUUUUUGUUGUGAAGAUGCUCGAAUGAGGUCACUGGGAUUGAAGAGCAUGGCUAAUAUAAAUGAUGAAACUGCGAUGGACUUACGAAGCAAGCUAUGUUGUGAGAUCUUCGACCAGUUUAUGGAUAAAGAUUUCCAGGAAGGUCAAAGGAAGUGAAAAUGUCAUAUUUGUUCUGUUUUCUACUCUGUUUUUCUACUCUGUUUUUCUACUUUGAUGUUAAUUAUCCUUAACGUUCAAGUUUAAGUUUGUAAUGAAUUAUCCCUAACGUUUUUUUCAUUUAGAUUGUUAUUGAAAAUUUUUUAGGAUGUCUUGAUGAAUUGUCAAAUGCUUAUGGUACUUUUAGGAUGGGUUUCCAGAAAAAGAGUGAGAAAGCAAAAUGCACCAUAGCCUAGGAAAUUCCUUUAAAGUUUACAAAAAAAUGAAAAAGAAUGUGAUCCGAUAUGGAUUGAACUCGUGAACUCUCGAAAGAUGAAUCAAAGUGUGCAGCUGUUGUGCCAAGGGUGUUAUACUUGCCAAAAGCUAUAAUAAAACGAAUAUAACUCAUGAAUAUUUAAUUAAAAACAGAAAAAAAUGUGAGUAUACACAACGGGGAUCGAACACGGCUUACUGUGUGAUAAGGGUACACUAAGAGUAGAAAGGCUUGCCACUAGGCUAUGGUGGAUAUUCGAUAACAGCGUAAAUGUGAACUUAUUUAUUCACAGACGAUAGAUUUAUAUAAUCUGGAUAUCAUUUUAGGUAUUCAUGAAAGCUUUCCAAAAACAAAUUCCUUUAAAAUUUACAAAAAAAAUGAAAAAGAAUGUGAUCCGAUAUGGAUUGAACUCGUGAACUCUCGAAAGAUGAAUCAAAGUGUGCAGCCGUUGUGCCAAGGGUGUUAUACUUGCCAAAAGCUAUAAUAAAACGAAUAUAACUUUUGAAUAUUUAAUUAAAAACAGAAAAAAUGUGAGUAUACACAACGGGGAUCGAACACGGCUUAUUGUGUGAUAAGGGUACACUAAGAGUAGAAGGGCUUGCCACUAGGCUAUGGUGGAUAUUCGAUAACAGAGUAAAUGUGAACUUAUUUAUUCACAGACGAUAGAUUUAUAUAAUCUGGAUAUCAUUUUAGGUAUUCAGGAUAGCUUUCCAAAAACAAAUUCCUUUAAAGUUUACAAAAAAAAAAUGAAAAAGAAUGUGAUCCGAUAUGGAUUGAACUCGUGAACUCUCGAAAGAUGAAUCAAAGUGUGCAGCCGUUGUGCCAAGGGUGUUAUACUUGCCAAAAGCUAUAAUAAAACAAAUAUAACUUUUGAAUAUUUAAUUAAAAACAGAAAAAAUGUGAGUAUACAUAACGGGGAUUCAACACGGCUUAUUGUGUGAUAAGGUUACACUAAGAGUAGAAGGGCUUGCCACUAGGCUAUGGUGGAUAUUCGAUAACAGAGUAAAUGUGAACUUAUUUAUUCACAGACGAUAGAUUUAUAUAAUAUGAAUAUCAUUUUAGGUAUUCAGGAUAGCUUUCCAAAAACAAAUUCUUUUAAAGUUUACAAAAAAAAUGAAAAAGAAUGUGAUCCGAUAUGGAUUGAACUCGUGAACUCUCAAAAGAUGAAUCAAAGUGUGCAGCCGUUGUGCCAAGGGUGUUAUACUUGCCAAAAGCUAUAAUAAAACGAAUAUAACUUAUGAAUAUUUAACUAAAAACAGAAAAAAAUGUGAGUUUACACAACGGGGAUCGAACACGGCUUAUUGUGUGAUAAGGAUACACUAAGAGUAGAAGGGCUUGCCACUAGGCUAUGGUGGAUAUUCGAUAACAGAGUAAAUGUGAACUUAUUUAUUCACAGACGAUAGAUUUAUGUAAUCUGGAUAUCAUUUUAGGUGUUCAGGAUAGCUUUCCAAAAACAAAUUCCUUUAAAGUUUACAAAAAAAAUGAAAAAGAAUGUGAUCCGAUAUGGAUUGAACUCGUGAACUCUCGAAAGAUGAAUCAAAGUGUGCAGCUGUUGUGCCAAGGGUGUUAUACUUGCCAAAAGCUAUAAUAAAACGAAUAUAACUUUUGAAUAUUUAAUUAAAACAGAAAAAAAUGUGAGUAUACACAACGGAGAUCGAACUCGGCUUAUUGUGUGAUAAGCGUACACUAAGAGUAGAAAGGCUUGCCACUAGGCUAUGGUGGAUAUUCGAUAACAGAGUAAAUGUGAACUUAUUUAUUCACAGACGAUAGAUUUAUAUAAUCUGGAUAUCAUUUUAGGUAUUCAGGAUAGCUUUCCAAAAACAAAUUCCUUUAAAGUUUACAAA